AUGGUGUCCCGGGCCAAAAAUUUCGACACCAGGCUUACUGAGGCUAAGAAAGCGCUCGAAGAGAAAAAUGCUGAGUUGCUCGAGAAGAACAAUGAGCUAACUAAACAGAACGACGAGUUGCUUGAGAAGAGUACAGAGCUGUCUAAGCAGAAAGAGGAACUGCUCGAGCAAAAAGCCACUCUGACCGAGGAGCUGCUGGAGGUUCGGGACGGUCUGAAGAAAUCCAAUGAAGACAAGGAAAAAUUCAGGGAAAGCACCAAACUUAACUACCAACAAUCCGUACAACUCGAGCUUGAUUUGAUUACGAGCCGGCAGGAGACGGAGGAGUUGGAAAAGCGCGUGAAGGAUCUUGAGGAACUUGAAGCCAAGAACUUGGAGAAUGUGCCAUUUGGGUGGAGAAAGAAGAGAGGGCUAAAGUACUUGCUUCCCCGGAGAUCUCUCUAG